AUGGAUCUGAGUAAGAUACUAAACCCUGCUUCAGCAGCGACCAAGGAUUCCUCAUCCAGCUCAGGGGUCCAGGGGCAACAGGAGCGUCAAUAUGUCAAUGUUAGGCUCACGGCCGUUGACGGCACCUUGAGCGACAAGGAACUCCUCAAAACCAUCAAGGGGGUCCUAGCCACUCGUUUACCAGGCCUUACUAACGUAACCUCUAUUCCCAAAACAGGUCACGGCUGGUUAUCUAUUGAAAUUAUUGGUAAGGUUCGCAAUGCAGUUGAUGCUUGCAAGGCCGCUGAUAGAAUCGUUGAUACAUGGCAGCUUGGCCUUUCCAGUACCCCAGGCCUUCCUUUUGACCGCAACAAGAUCUUCUAG